AUGCAGUGUCAAGCUUCUGUUAAGGAAUCUGAUGGCUUUGCAAAACCUUUCUGCAAAAAAAGCCACGCUGAUUGGGGCAUUGUAGCGGGAGAGCUUUUGAAUGUUUGGCACACAAUUAAUGACAGUGAAUUGCUUUGGCUCGCUUCGGUGGAGCCAAGAAGGAAUUUAUAUCCGUUUAAAAGGGAUGUGGCAUGGGGAGAGAUGAGUAUGUGUGAAGCUGAGAGGAGGCUUCUAGCUAACGCGUUGCUUGAUAUCUCUAAUGAAUGGUUUGUUCUGCUUUUUGAAUCAUGCAUUCCUCUGCGCGGUUUCAUCUUUGUCUAUAGUUAUGUCUCUGAAUCAAGAUAUAGUUUCAUGGGUUGUGCUAAUGAGGAAGGACCUGAUGGAAGAGGAAGAUACACAAUGAGCCAGUGGAGGAAAGGGUCUCACAGGUUUGGAAUUAACUGGAAACUCGCUCUUGAGAUUGUACAAGACAUCACUUACUAUCCCAAAUUCAAAGAGUUUUGUACUCGAUGUUCUGUUGAUGAGUAUUAUUUCCCUACAACGUUGGCUAUUCAAAACCGGAUUUUGCUAGCUAAUAGGACACUGACAUGGACAUAG